AUGUAUGGGUAUCCAAUACGUUUGGGAAUCAACAAGGACGGCACGAAGGCUUAUGUUGUAGGGGAACUAGGCAAUAGCUAUAUUUUAAGUGGCCAUGUUGGAGCGUUCUUUACAGUUUUCUCGCGAAUCCACAAUGCUUCCAUAGAUUUACCGCACUACAAUAAAACAGCUGAGACGACUCUUGUGCUGUUGACGCAGUUAGUAGAGAAUGGAACCUAUGAUAUGUCUCUCGAAUUGGCAAUAAAUAUGUAUGUCAACGAUAUGGUGUACAGUAACACCUAUGAUUUUUUGGAUUGGUGCUUAAUGGUGCCAAUGGAGAAACCAAUUCCGGCCUAUCUUUUCUACAUUAACAUUUUUGAUGGUUUCUUAAUUGCAGUUAUUUUUUGCAGUGCCUUUUGUGUGGCUUUCUGUGUGGCCUUGACUUAUUGGUUACGCGGCGAUGCAGUCUGUUGGUUAGAUGUUAUAUUUAAUAUCUACAUUUAUAAUGGCAUUUUGGGCCAUCCGUUCCAUAUGGAAAAGAAAUUUGCAGGAGUGCGUAGCUUUCUCUAUCUACUAAUAGGCAUGAGCGGUCUCAUUAUAAAUACUACGUUCGUGACACAUCUGCAAACCUUCAAAACUCAUCCACCCACAGAGAAGCCCAUAACUACCUUGGAUGACUUUCGCAAUUCAAAGUUGAAAAUCGCUAUUUAUACCGAAGAGUUUAUGCUAUUACAAAAAUACAAUGCUACCAGUGCCUAUGAAGAAUAUGCCCAUUUAGUACCCUCAUAUCGCGAUUAUCAUAGAUUGCGCGAUAGCUAUGACAAUCGCUUUGCCUAUCCCGUACCAUCGGCUCAAUGGUCUCAAUACGAACAACAACAACAGUUCUUUUCCAAACCAAAAUAUCGUUUAUCCGAUAUAUGUUUUGUUCGUAAGAUUGGUGUCAUGAUACCGAUGCAAUCGAAUUCACCCUAUGAAGAUGCCAUUAACAAAUUGAUUGGCAUUGUCAAUCAAGCCGGAUUAAUACAAUACUGGAAGACUCUUGAAUUUUUGGAAGCUCUUCAAAGGAAUCGUAUGAAUUUGAUUGAUGUCAGUGCGGUCAAUACUUAUGAAGUACUGAAAAUGGAGGAUAUAAAACUGCUGGGUUAUCUAAUUGGCGUGGUCGAAGAGGGCGUGCAUAAUUAA